AUGACUGUGAAGAUAAUAGUUACUACACAGGUCACUGGCAAGCAUUGCGUUCCGUUGUUCUGUUUCCACCGCUCUCUCGGAUCGCACAGUCCACCACCCAACACAGUCCAUCGCCCACCACAGUCCACCGCCCACCACUGGUGCCCACGCUCUCUCUCUUCUCUUUCUUUCCUCGUUCCCCAUUUCUCCCUGCCGUGUUCGCUGCCCCACGCCCCUGUUCGUGCUUGCCAGCUCCGGCGAGCAACACCCCGGUGCAACCCAGCAGCGGCUAAGUUCUGUGCUGCUGCGACACCAUCACUGCCCCGAUCUUCUUUCUCUCCUCCAUCAACACAGGUCAUGCCACUAUUGGAUGUUACUGAGGUUGGAAGUGAAGAGAUGAAUUUUGGCUACAUGGUUAUCUUCAAUCAGACACGUGAGAUGUUCAUUUCUGUAGGCGAUCGGAUGUUCAAUUUACUUGUGAAUGCGGAUGGUUAUUAUUGACUCCCUAUUUCUAUGUGAUGAAUGUUAUUUAUGACUUAACUGACUAUCGUGGUUUGCAAAAGCUUUUUCAUUAACAUGUUAAUUUAGUGGGUAUCUGGUCGUGAUAGGGAAAAAAUAAUACUACGAUAUUUUCAGUCAAUUUGGAUGUUCAU